GGGCGGGCAGCCUGGGCUAUUUCCCUUGCGCGCCCGGCGGGAAGCGCGGCGGAGCUCGGCCUCGGCAGCGUGCGUGUUUCCUGCCAAGCAUGGAGGUGUUCCCGUCCCCCCUGGAGUCCGCCAAGUUCAUAGCCGAGCACAGCAAAGAUGUCUCCGUGGACGAGGAGGGGGCGCGGCGGGUGGCGGAGAGCCUGUUCGACAAAGCCUCGGCGGCGGAGUUCGGGCUGGCGGGGUGGAAAAGCCUCCACGAGCUGAACCCCCGGGCUGCCGACAAGGCGGCUGUAGACUGGGUGUUCCUGGUGGACACCCUCAACUUCUCCUUCUGGUCCGAGCAGGAGGAUCGCAAGUACCUUGUGAAGUACAAGAAUAAAACUUACAGCGGCUUCUGGUCGCUGUGUGCCGCCGUCAACAGGGCCCUGGACGACGGAAUACCUAUCACCAGUGCAUCCUAUUUUGCCACCAUGACGCUUGACCAAGUUAGGCACGUGUUUCGCUCUGACACAGAAGUGCCUUUGCCUUUGAUUGAAGAAAGACAUCGGGUGCUGAACGAAAGUGGAAUAAUUCUGUUAGAGAAGUUUGGCGGGUCUUUCCUCACCUGUGUUAAAAUGAGUGAGAAGAGUGCUCAGAAACUGCUACAUCUCGUACUGGAAAAUUUUCCUUCCUACAGAGAUGAAGCUGUAUUUGAGAAAAAGAAGGUUUCUUUCUACAAGCGGGCACAAAUACUUGUGGCUGAUACAUGGAGUGUUUUAGAAGGCAAAGGAGAUGGCUCUUUUGAUGAUAUUUCCAGUCUGACAAUAUUUGCUGACUACAGAAUUCCACAAGUUCUUGUUCACUUAAAAGCAAUGAAGUAUUCUGAAGAAUUAAUGAAGAAACUACGUGAAGGAAAACUUUUCCAAUCUGGAGACAAAGAAGAGGUGGAGAUCCGUGGCUGUUCUAUUUGGUGUUGUGCAUUGAUUUGUAAGCACCUGCAGGAGCUCUAUCAGAAGAAGGGUCAGGACAUGCAUGAUAAGAUCAAUGCGGUUUUACUCGAUUAUUAUCUUUGGGACUAUGCCAGGGAUCACAGGGAGGAUAUGAAAGAUAUCCCAUUCCACCGAGUACGGUGUAUAUAUUAUUAAGUCCACUCCAACAGCGCUUUUAUUGCUGCCUUAUCUUUUGAACUGCAGUUUUGCUUUUCAUAUGGUGAUUUGUCAUGCAGUAAUUUGGAACUGUUAAAUCAAAUGCUUGUUUCCUGCUGAUUUAGUCACAACGUGCCUUUUUUUUCCCCCAUUGUUUUAUUCCCUUUUCUUUUAAUCAUUUGCUUGCCCUGACUGGAAUUAACAGCAAUCCAUUAUUAAUUAAUUAUUAAUUGGAAUUAAUUGCGGGCAAUAAUUAACUCUACCUUUGGGUUUGUUACUCUGUAUAAAGGUAGGGUUUAUUACUCCUGCUCUUUGACCUUUAUAUUGGUGUACGUGGCUGCCUGUGCGUAUAGCCAGGUGUGUGCAGAUCCGGUGGUGUACCUUGCUCCUCAGCCCCUCCCUGCUCCUACCUGUCCCCCUCUCACACCUGCACAGAGGAGGCAGGUGCCUGAGAGAUGCUUUACUGCUCAGAGAUGGAAGUGUAACCUGUCCAUUUGUCCAAUAAACAGUGCAGUGACAGACGUGCCA